GAAUUAGAAGGAUUCACUUGUCUUGUUUUUAUCUAUGACCUUAUUUGUACUCCUGGCAUACUGACACAAGUAUUGAUACCACUACAGAAAUCUAUAAAUGGGCUCACUCUAUGGAAAAAUGAUUUUGAGAGUAUGCUUAUUCUUCCCAAUGCCCACAUGGUCUCGUGUUUCCGAUCUUAUUAGUGAACAUGGUCGAUCGCUAAGUCAGUGGAUCCAUCUAGGUGGUGUUAAAGCUUUCCUUGAUGGGUCUCUGGGUUCUUCAAGCGCGUUGUUCCAUGAGCCUUAUGAGGGUGAUCCGGAUAAUUAUGGUCUCCAAAUGACAGAUUUAGACAGCCUACUUAAUAGAACACUAGAAUCUGACAAAUCUGGACUCCAGGUUGCCAUACAUGCAAUUGGGGAUAAAGCUAAUGACAUACUACUGGAUAUGGUUGACAAGAUUGUUGAUUUAAAUGGAGCGAAGGACCGUAGAUUCCGGAUCGAACAUGCCCAACAUCUGGCUCCAGGUGCAGCAAACCGCUUUGGCAAGCAUGGUACCAUUGCAUCCGUGCAGCCAGAUCAUCUACUAGAUGAUGCCGACCAUGCUUGGAGCAAGAUUGGGGUGGAAAGGUCUGAGCGAAGCUCCUACACAUUUCGAUCACUGUUAGAUGGCGGUGCGCAGCUAGCUUUUGGUUCUGACUGGCCUAUUUCAGACAUCAACCCCUUGCAAGCUAUCCGAUCCGCAGUGUUCCGCAAGCCUCCUGGAUGGGAGGUCCCCUGGAUCCCUGCGGAGCGCUUGACCCUGGAUGAAUCACUGAAAGCGCACACGAUGUCUGCUGCCUACGCCUGCUUCCUGGACCACGCCGUGGGCAGCCUUUCUGAAGGGAAAUACGCCGAUUUUGUGGUGGUACCUUCUACAUCGUGGGACGAAUUCUCCAGCGAUUUGCCGGGGCAUGUCCUGGCGACGUACGUGAGCGGCAGGCAAGCUUAUCCAUGACAGAUAGCAGUUGUGUAAGUGUUGGAGACCAAAAAGAGCAGCGCGGACAGUCCGGCCCUGAGGCCGGAAGGCCGGACGAUCCGCGGUCCGGACAGUCCGCGGUGAUGGCGCGGACGGUCUGCGCGUGCGCAGAGUCAGUUAGGAUUUCUAGUUUCUCGCGGGAUUUGUUACCUAAAACCGCGGGAUUAACUCGGAAAUCUGUUGGAAGCGGAUCCAGACCUCCCCUUUAUAUCGAUGAAGGGCUACGGCCGAUUGAACUCCCCA